GUCGAGCUCGUAGCCAUCGGAGGAACCCCGAGAUUUCAACGGCAGAUAGAGAAAUGGGAUGGAGAUGGCUAGAAGCGGCACUUCCUCUGGGAAUCAUCGCCGGAAUGCUUUGUAUAAUGGGGAAUGCUCAAUAUCACAUCCACAAAGCCGCCCAUGGCCGGCCGAAGCACAUCGGUAAUGAUAUGUGGGACGUUGCCAUGGAACGCAGGGACAAGAAGCUCGUGGAGAAUGUCUCCGCCGGUUCGCAUAGUUAAUUUAUUUGACCUGCAUCCCCUGGUGCAGGAGUUGUCACGGAUGCACUCUUGAUGAAGGAAUAAAAGUUUCUAUUGCAGAAUGCAGAUGUCUGUACGAUGAUGAUCACUGUCGUGUAUUAUCAAUUUGUUUCAUUUUUCCUAUGUUUAUCUGAACAUAAGUAUAAUCGAUCAUCAAGAAUUGCUUCUUCAUAUCAAAGUAGAUUUUCUCCUGAAUGUUGACUCUUGAGUUUCUGUUUUCUGGAACUAGCUUUACCUCCUUGAGCAGGAGGAAACCCAGUAAUGAUGAUGAAUAGCUUUGAGUCCUUGUAA